CUACUGUUCACCUCGCCCUCUCUCUCCGUAUAGCCUAUAUUAUCACUAAUCUUAAAAUAAUCACGUAUAAUAGCACUGGAAACCCUCGGCAAGAAGACUUUGGAGAUGUGGGUCGGGCCGGAACCCAAAUCUCUUGAAAGAUGAGAAGCACCAAGAAGGUGGGCAGGGCGGGACGAGGCAGGUAGGACUCAGAGGCUUAUAGGCAGAGGGAGUUGCUGUGUCGCAAACCCAUUUAAAAUCUUUCCUCACCGGCAGCUCGGCAUUGUGACCCGGUCAGCUGAGAGACGCUCAACAUUUCAAACGUCUGGCGGCAGGCUGCAAAGUUUCCACCCUGCAAACACGGUCAUGUAGCUGCGGGCCGGAGCACCGCACCGCACCUUCCAGGUUUCUCAAAUUGGAAUUCGCCUCUCUGAAAGCCCGGAAUCAACCUCCCGCUGCGUCGUUUGAUGCCUAAAAACAACAUAUUCCCGCGUGCCGUUCGUUGCACAACUAACGCUUCUACUUUAGUAAGUUGAUCAUAUUAAUCGGCGACGUAGCGCGCCGCGGAUUGGAAGUGGGAAUCCCAUUUGAUCAGUCAUAGAUGUCCUCUCAGCUGGAAGCAGGCCCGCAGCUGGAGACCACGGCAAGACCUGACGCACUCAAAUCCGAAGACGCGACGAGCCCUGACGGAUGCGCCGCGCCGCGCGUCUGCCGCGGGGACGGAGGGCGCAACAGAGCGGACGCGGCUCCCGAGCGCCACCAGCCGACGACCCGCCAGAUGACCCGCAGCCCCAAAUGCGCCCGCUGCCGCAACCACGGCGUCGUGUCGUGUUUGAAAGGCCACAAACGUUUCUGCCGCUGGAGGGACUGCCGCUGCGACUGCUGCCUGCUGGUGGUGGAGCGGCAGCGCGUCAUGGCGGCGCAGGUCGCCCUGAGGAGGCAGCAAGCGGCGGAGGUGAGGAGGGCGCAAGGGCAGGGGAAGAGGGGGGUCAGGUGUGCAGGUCCGUUGCGGAGGACCGCCUAUCAGCGCUACGCGGGAGCAGCCGAACAAAGCAUACUGGCUAAGAGCAUCCUUCAGGGGCUCAAACCAGUGGUGCCCCUGGAAGAAGACGUCUUCCGCUGGUCGAAGCAGACGCAGCGCGAGCAAACAAACGUCACGUGUCCACCCUCCAUCAGUAGCCGGAUGAGGAAGAGGCGAGCCUUCGCCGACAAGGAGCUGGAGAACGUGAUGCUGGAGCGGGAGCUGAGGCAGAGAGAGCUGCACGGCGACCUGUCUGUCUCCUCCUCUGGCCUCGUCCCCUUGCUCCACCCUCCGCCCCUGCCUGUCUCCCCCAGCCUCCACUGCUGUCUUCUCAGCAAGGAACCCACUACUGUAGGGAUGUCCACUUACGUGCCUGUGUGUAAAUAUAAGCCUCUGUAUGAGUGUGACUUUCAGUUCUAUCACUUCUUCCAGCUGAAGAGCAGGCCGUCCGUAGAAGGGGACUAUAAUGACGUCUCAUGUCAAAGCUCAGGGCAAACCGGGAGGGAUGAGGAGGGGCUGAGGAGCCGCCAUGGCCGUGAAAAGAAUGACAGACAAGAGUUGAUGCCUCCAUCAUCGAAACAAAUACUCAAAGAUCUCAGCGGCACCACGUCAGGCCUCGUCAAACCUUCCUCAAAAAAAACAACAGACAUAGUGGACACUAAUGGCUCAUCAACCUUCACAUGCUCGGUUUUGGGAUCGGAUCAGGGUAUUCUGGGAGGGCCAGACGUCACAACUGUUGAUCCCAGACCUCUGGCAGACGAGGGCUGCUGCGCAGACACGUUGGCCGCUCACGCGAGUCCCCGCGCCGACUCCGUCAAGAGCCCUCAUGGCAGCUCAGUCAGGAGCCCAACCGUGAAGCCGUUGCCUUUCUCCGUGGAGGCUCUUCUGAGGGCCUGACAGGCAAAUGGAAAGCAGUGUACUACGCUUUGUUUUUAUGCGCGAGCUAAGCUUCACAGCUGUGUGAAUAAAUAAAAAAUAUUGCCUAGUUGUUUCUUGACAUGGGCUGCUUGCUAUUUACGCACAAUUGCCAGAACAUUGAUUAUUUCUAUUUAUUUGUCUUAGUUUUUAUAAAAAUGUAUAUUUCUAUUACGAUAUAACAAUGACACAGUGGCGGCCCGCGAGGGCCAGCCAGGCCUUCCCUGCCGGGCUAAACAUCAUCAGAAUAUACAUUUAAUUUUGAUAUAUUUUUUCCAGAAAUAAGUAUUCAUUUUUUCCCCAUAAUCUGUUGUCUUUAUUUAAUAGUUUCUCUCUUGGUUGCGCUGCUUCCAGCCGCAGACAUUUCAAAGGCGUUGCCAGGGUCCAAGGAAUCGGCCUUAGGCCAUCCGAAUCAUCAGUGCACGUGUCUGCAGCUCAAAGUGAACGGAAACGAAACUGGGGCGUUGAACAAUGGUAUUUUGAAUUGUGACUCCGGCUAGCAAACACACAAUGACGUCAGCCCGAGCACGUCUUUUGAUUGGCACUCGUGGGGAGGCGGAGCUACGCAGAGCAUUCAGGAAUGUGAAUGGCGUCACUGAAGACCAAAGUGUGAGAUCCACAGCCCGUCACUGCAAUGGAACGUAUACCGCGGGUGCUCGAUAACUAGAUUUCAAAUUGUAUGCCUAUAUUAAGCAUAUUUUAUACAAACAUAUUUUUUGUAAGAGUAUUCUAUAAAAACAUACUGAACAAUUCUGUUUUGAUCCUCUCAAAAUCCUCACAUGUUCUCAUUCAAUGCGAAUGAAUGACAAUGAAUAACAAUAUACAUUAUAAAACGAUGUUGAAAAAGUUAA